AUGCCAGAGAGAAAUAAUAGCAGUACUCAAAUAGUAGAGACUGUGGGCUCAGACACAACUGCUUCGUCUAACAGUCCUACUAAUAUGACCAUCAUGAACUACUAGCAUUACUAUAAAAUAUUGUCUAAAACCCAAAAGAGUACAAAGGAUAGCGUAUCUCCAGAAGACAAUUCUAACUCAUCUAGAAGACACCGUGGACAAUCAAUCUACUUUGAUAUUGACUAACAAUAGCAAAAGAAAUGCGGAAUUUCAAGAAAACUGAGACCCCUGAUUAAAUCAAAAUUCUAUAGGAAAAAAUCUUCUUUAAAUCUGAUUAGUGAGUAACCUCAAUUAGCAAACCCAAUUGAUGAGUUGCUGACUAUAUCUGAGAUCCACUAAAACUAAAAGAAAGCUUCUGAAAAAGCGUGGAAAGCUAGCUUUUACAAGUACGGAUACUUUAAGAAAAGUGGGAAAAAUGAUAACGAAGUCUCCGAAAUUCAAGAGGAACCUGAUGAGGACUACGAAGAAAAUCUGUCAAAGAUUUUAAAUAAAGCUUUGGAUAUUGGUAACCCUAUUUAGACAGAGGGUAUCGAAGUAGAGGAGAUUGGAGACAGUGAUAUUAAUCUUUUUCAAGGUUGUAGAGGCCACGCUCUUUCUGAGCUUGAACCAUCUACUCAGUCAAAGCCUCCUCUAGGAAAUCUUAAGAUGUCUAUGGCACUUAGGAAAAUUGCCAAAAAUAACCAAGGUCAGUAAUAUCAUACACCGGUACUAAGUAACUCCAUUGCAACAACAUCGAUAGCAAGUGCCAGUCCUAAGAUACAAAGCAACUCCAAGAAAACUAGCAAGACCAGCACUCCAAAAGGAGCAGCUGCUAGUAAGAACAUAUUCAAGGGUCAGAAAGUAUAAAACUAAAAAUGA